CGCCGGUGCCAGGGGCGAGGAGUAGAGACUGGGAGGAUCAGCGGGUUCACGCUUUCCUCAUGCACACGCAUCUUGCCGGCUUACAGGUUUCCCGGGCUUGGUUAAAACUUGCUACUGCGAGAAAAAAGGAGGAGGGGGGAUAAAAAAACGCAGAAGAUUAAAGAAACCUGGAAGUUCAGUUUUCUGGUUCCAUUAGACGAGGGUUUUUUUUUUUUUAGCAAGGGAGGUUUGGGACGCUUAGGAUUUCUUUUAAAAAUUGUAUAGGGAAAGCGAGUCUUUCUUUUCCCGCUCACUUUGGACUCCUUUUCACAAUAAAGAGGGCAUCGACAGAGGCACAGAUGGCUUCCAGUCCAAACGAUUCGGAGCCGAACUCCCAGCCGGGGGACCCUAAUCCGAAUCCAAACCUGAGCUCCCAAGAAGAGCUGGACUUCUCGAUUUUAUUUGAUUAUGACUAUACGAACCCUGUAGCAGAAGAACCGACUCCUUCACAUAAAAUCAUCAGCCCACCCUCUGGAGUUACUUGCCCUCAUGAUGAUGUCUUGGAUUAUGGCCUCAAGCCAUACACCCCCUUCGCUUUGUCUAGCCUUUCAGCAGAUCACAUGGGCAGAUACGGACAGCCAGAUAGCAUAGGGUCAAAAUGCUACUUGGACCCUGUCAAAGCUGCAGGUCCCCCUACUUUGAGCCCUAGGAUUGAGAUAACUCCAUCUUAUGAACUGAUUCACUCGGGGGGUCCCUUCAGCAGCAGAGACACAGAUCUAUUGGUAGAGCAUCAGUCCAACUCAGCUACUGCUAGCCCAAGGUUUACCCUGCCUGUCCCUGGCUUUGAGAGCUACCGAGAACCGCUGUGCCUGAGCCCUCCUAGCAGUGGCUCCUCUGCAAGCUUCAUUUCAGAGACAAAUUUCUCUCCUUACACCUCACCAUGUGUUUCACCAAAUAAUGGCCCUAGUGAUGACCUUUGUCCACAGUUUCAAAACACCCAUGCUCAUUAUUCCCCUAGAACCUCGCCAAUAAUGUCCCCACAAGCAACCAUCGUGGAGGAUACCUGCUUGGGACUACGUUCACCAUCGCCACGUCCCAACUCAAGGUCGUCAUCACCAGGUGCAAAGCGGAGGUACUCUUGCACUGAGCUCUACGGGAGUCAGCAACCUUCCACUUCUCCACGGCAAUCGAGGACCCCCUCUCCCCAGAUCCCCUUGAGAGAAGACGGUUCUUCGGUCACUUACACCCAGUUAUCCACCUCUUCUAGCCUCAUGGAUGCAAUGAGCAACCUCACCACCGAUCCCUCCUGCGGAGUUCCCACAAAAAUAUGGAGAACCAGCCCAGAUCCUUCACCAAUGUCUUCCCACAAAGCCAGCAUGCCGUGUCAUGUGCUUCAGCCUAUCGAAUACAUUGGGCCUUGUGAGCAGGAUGACCGUAGAAAUCCACCACCCGAGUCAAUCUUAUUAGUGCCACCAUCUUGGCCAAAGCAGCUGAUGCCUGCCAUACCUAUCUGCAGCAUUCCUGUGCAGUCCCUCCCGCCGCUUGAGUGGCCACUCUCCAGUCAUUCUGGCUCUUAUGAACUACAGAUUGAAGUGCAGCCCAAACCCCACCAUCGUGCCCAUUAUGAGACGGAAGGGAGCCGAGGGGCAGUCAAAGCGCCAACAGGGGGGCAUCCUGUGGUCCAGCUUCAUGGAUACAUGGACAACAAGCCUCUGGGCCUUCAGAUCUUCAUUGGGACAGCAGAUGAGCGGAUCCUUAAACCACAUGCUUUCUACCAAGUCCACCGCAUUACAGGGAAAACCGUCACCACCACCAGCUAUGAGAAAAUAAUUGGCAACACCAAAGUGCUGGAAAUUCCCCUGGAGCCAAAAAACAACAUGAAAGCAACGAUUGACUGUGCAGGGAUUCUCAAGCUGAGAAAUGCAGACAUUGAACUACGGAAAGGGGAGACGGACAUUGGUCGGAAGAACACCCGUGUGCGACUGGUCUUCCGUGUGCAUAUCCCUGAAUCCAGUGGCAGGAUUGUUUCUUUGCAAGUGGCAUCCAACCCCAUUGAAUGCUCCCAGCGCUCUGCUCAUGAACUUCCUAUGGUUGAGAGACAAGAUGUUGACAGCUGCCUAGUAUAUGGUGGACAACAGAUGAUCCUAACUGGCCAGAAUUUUACUGCAGAAUCUAAAGUCAUAUUCACAGAGAAGACACCAGAUGGGCAACAGAUUUGGGAAAUGGAAGCCACUGUGGAUAAAGAUAAGAGCCAACCUAAUAUGCUUUUUGUAGAGAUACCAGAAUAUCGAAACAAGCACAUUCGUUCCCCCAUCAAGGUGAAUUUCUAUGUGAUCAAUGGAAAACGGAAAAAAAGCCAGCCACAACAUUUUACCUAUCAUCCAGUGCCUUCCAUCAAAACAGAGCCCAUUGAUGACUAUGAUCCAACUUUAAUCUGCAAUACAGUACACAGUGGUCUGGGAACAGUAACACAGCCUUAUUAUUCACACCAUACAAUGAUCUCUGAGUCUCCUUCCUGUCUUGUGGCCACAAUGGCUCCUUGCCAGCAGUUGCGUUCAAGCCUGUCUUCUCCUGAAUCUCGAUAUCCUCAACAAACUCCAGGGGCUGUAAUAUACCAAAGAAGCAAGAGUCUCAGUCCUAGCCACCUGGGCUACCAGCAAUCCAGCUUGAUGGCUACACAAGUUUCCAUUCCAGAUGUUCACAGGUCAGUGCUAGUGCACACAGGCUCUCCCAGCCAAAGUUCAGCAGUGCUCCAUCAUUCUCCAGCCAAUCAGCAGUCUUCCCCUGUGAUUCACUGCUCUUCCCCAACCAACCAACAGCUGAGGUGUGAAAGCCAUCAAGAAUUUCAGCACAUCAUGUGUAGUGAAAAUUUCACAUCUGGUGGGGUAAGACCUAGCCAACCUCAGGUCAGCCAAGCACAAAGGUUAAUCCCAAGUUCAUACCCUACUGUGAUUCAGCAGCAGAGAACAGCCAAAAAUGGACCACCGGUGAGUGAUCAGAAGGAAGCAGUGCCAACAGGAGUCACUGUUAAACAGGAACAGAAUCUUGACCAAGCCUAUUUGGAUGACGAGCUGAUAGACACACACCUUAGCUGGAUACAAAACAUUAUAUGAGACAGAAUGACUGUGCUUUUUUGAUCCAAGCAAUCAAAGUCCAAGUUAACGAAAUUAUCAGGAAAGAGUUUUCUGGACUCCCUGCCAGAAGUCAGACAUAGAAGAAGAGGUUUGCGAGAAAACUUUUACUGAAUGCUUCCGUACCUGACCUCUUAGAUUCUUCUCCUGCCCCAUCAGCCUCCUGCUUCCUUAACUGAUCAUCUCAAGGCACCGGUUCAACACCAGGAACAAUGCACUGGCAUCAAACUGACAGCUUUGACUAAGCAACUCGGCACCUCUUGCUGUAAACAUCAAAAAGAACACUCUUCCUUUUGUCCAAAGAUCAUGUUGUUCUCAUGUAACAACCCGUGCGCCUGACACAACCUAUUAAUGUGACUACAGACACACACACACAUUCAGUGGAAAGAGAUCUUCAACAGGAAAAAAAGAAAGCAUCAAUACAGAAACCUGCGAUGAAGUAAAAUAGAAUUAUAUAUGUGCUGUGAACGAUGGAUGAAUUCCAAAGUUGCCCACUCAGCAGAAAAUAAUGUGUUAAGUUUCUAGAAUGAUGAGAUUGGGGGUUGGGGUAGAAAUUAAUGGUCAGAACCUUUGAUAAGAUAUUGCAUGGGCAAUGAGCCAGAAAAUCAUAGAUGAACAGAUCUAUGCUUGUAAACAUGUUUUUUGUUCUUUUCUAAACUGGGAUGAGCGGCACCACUCUGCACAAUAUCAUAGGAGUUUCAAAAGCAACUUGCUGUGUAGGGCAGGAGGGCUACUGUAAUGGAAAAGUGAGGAAAGCCACCCUGUGGACACAAUUGCUUGUGAAGCUGUAAAGCAGCUCUCUGGAUUGUGGGUUUACUAUACUCUUGCUGUGAUUGUGGGAUGCACUGAAGCCAUAUUUUUGCUCCUUUGGGCUAGAAAAGGUACAAAUUUAAGGCACAAUGCAGCCAAAAAGUAAGGGUUUUUAAGGUCUGUGGAUUUCAUGAAAGAGAUUUAAACAUGUGCUUAAAACUUGUUUUGAAAUCAAUGGGACUUAAAAUGGUUAACUUUAGCUGGACCAUGCUUUCAUUUUUUAAAAUUAAUUUAUCAGAUGCCAUAUGGCUAAUGCAAAAUGAUUGAAAUUGAGAUUUAUGUUAGGUUCCCUCCCAGCCCUACAAAUAACAGAAAUGUUUAAAAUAAUGUCACCUUGAAUUGGAAAUUGCUCCUAUAUUUUGUUUGUGGAACGUUAGCAAAUACAUUACAUCUUAAGGUUCAUGGUAAGAAUCACAAGAGCAGGCAACUCUAAAACUUGCCAUGCUUUCAAGUUUUCAUUUCCAAGGAAAUGUGGGUUACUGAAUAGCUGAAGCUGUUGUUGUGCUACCCAGUUACCUGGUAGUAAGCCUAUUGAACUCAGUCGGGACUUAUUUCUGAGUAGCCAUGUGUAGGAUUGUGCUUUCAAUUAUUUAAAUGAAGUAUGGUUUCUUGCCUUGGUCCUCAUUACAAUCAUUAUCAAAAUGCCCAGAAAGCUCAAGGAUGCUGCUUAAUGAUGUUGUAACAGGAGUGUUUUUUCCCCUGUGAAGAAUUUUUUAAUUUCCUUUCUAGGAUGAUUAACAUGUUCUCAGUGCGGAGAUAUGGUUUCUCUAAUAGUUUUGUUGCAUGAGAAACCACCGCACCUUUGGACUCCCAACCUAGUUGUGGUAGGUUAGCCAACCACCUUUCUUGCCCCCCCUUGCUGUACUGCAGAAUUGGGAACUGUGAGUCAGUCUGCACAUUUGGGUAAAGCACUUGGUACAAAAUUCUUGGAACAGCACCGUUUCAGACUGUAGAUGGGGUGGGGUUGCAUGCUUGAAUAUUUCUCCAUAACAUUUCCUUGCCCAUGGAAAAGAAUCAUGUAAGGAAGCUGAUUCUACAAAAGCCUUCAACCUAACAUGCCAGCUUUCCGCAGUUGUUGUAUUUUUUAAAAAUGGGGGAGCAUUUAAACAUGCAGUCCCUUAUCUACGAUCCCAUGAACUCUGUACCACAUGACUUAUAAGCAUGUGCAGAUGGACUUAAGCACAUUCCUUCAAAUAGAGUGCACAAAGAAUUAAUACACCUAUUGCUAAAUUGCUGGCUAACAAUAUUCCCUCUCUCUGCCCUGCAACCAGUCUGGAACAGAAGAGGAGGAUGUCUUGUGUCCUGUGUUGUAUCAUCCGGGCACUCCAAAACUAUAAGCAGCAGCAGCAGUUCCUACAGCACUGAGCUAUAACAACAACUUCCCAUUGCUGCCCCUCUUUAUUAAUAGAGGAGUUAUGCUGGCAUAGCUCCCUGCCAGAUGAUCAAGUUAAAAGUUACCAAGUCCACACGAUGUUACCUGAGAGUUAGACUGCCCAUCCAAGAUUUUGCAUUUCACCCAAUUUAUGAUAAAGUGAGGCAGCAGAAACAGUUACUGCGUUUGUUUUUCUCUCUGUUACAUUACUGCUUCCAUUUAGAAGCUGUAAUGAAUUAAAGCUGAUCUUGAUUAGCAAGGCACACUCUUAUACCAAACGUAGCAGGGGGGAAUAAUUCUAAAGAGCCUACUUUAAGUAAGAAGGAAAAGAGAAGCAACCACUCUCCACCCCCCAAGAUAAAGUAUUUCACCUGUUUUUUAAAAAGCCACACUGACAACUCAGUCUGACUCAAAUGUCUGAGAUGGAUCUGAGUUUUAUUCAGAGAUCAGAGUAGAUGCAUUAAAAGUAAUAGUUCUAAGUUACUCAUGCCUAGUGAGUUUAAUAGGUCUACUUUUAGUAAGGCUAAUAUUGGAUACAACCCUCUGUCAAUCGUUGCAUCCACUAAGCAAAAUUUCUGAUACGUAUACAUCAUUAGAAUAUGUCAUGCCAGUAACUAUGAGUCACAGUUGAAAAUUAAUGUGGACAUUAGAUCUCUGUAGUUGUAGCCUCCUGCCCUCUUAGUUGCAAUCACUGUUUUUCUUGCACUGUAAAAGAAAGUUAUGCAUGGGAAGCUAACAUAUAAGGAUUGUUCACAGGUUACAUUUAGCAAGUGUACAAUCUGUGUUUGUGUGUACACACAUAGAUGACCUGUACAUUCAUGCAGUUAUUCACAUAUAGCAUCCAACAAUUGUGCAGUGUUACCUGCGUACACAAUAGUUGAGGUGUACAAAUUAAUAAGUGUAUACUCUUUCAUACCAACACUUGUGCAUGUGUAGACACAGCUAGUGCAUGUGUUUAAUGUAAUGUGUGAACAAGUCUGUAGUUUCAUAAGGCAGGAUAUAACAGCUAAUAAUAACAUUACAGGAUAACAAAACAGUUUUGCUAUCAUGAUAUCAACAACUUUUAAGAGUUAUUGCAAAAAAUUACCGAAGUGAAUGACCUGCCAUAGAAGACAGAGUCAGCAGAAGCUUCUGCCCCCCUGCUAGUUCAUAUUUAAAUAUUACAUUGGCAAAGCAUUUAGAGCACAAGAAAAGGUUGACAUAGUGUCAGAGGAGGCUGCCUCUGCAGGGGUAGCUCAGGAAGUGUAGAAAACUCUUGCCACAACGCAAGCCACAUAUUUCUUUACACAUUGAAAGAAAAUUGAAAUUUCCAUGUAGCAAAGCAAUCAGCAAUGUAUGCUGAGCUGACUGGGAGUUGCUGAGUUGCAACCUAGAGAUUUUCACUUUACCUUUAAAACUGUCUAACGUGGGAGACAAAGCAGUCACAAUUUCUGCUAUUCAGUGACCCCUAUCUUUUUUUUGUCCUUACCCCCCACUGCUUGUUGUAAGAUGGAGGAGUCCAGUAGCAUCUCACAGCAUAUGAGGUCAGGGAGGAUGAAAAGGGGUAGAGCAGGAAUGAGCAGCUGCAGAUGUAAAUGUAAAGGGAGACUGACAACCCCUACUGAAGGGCAGGGCAGAUGUUUCUGACAUAUGAAAUGGUUUUCAGUUUCACCCAAAUAUCCUUUAAAGCCCAUUCUCAAGUACAAUUCAUAUUCAUUUCAACAACAUUUCAACACUUGUCAAGAUAUCUGGAUUUCAGAUUAUACCUUGUGGUCAUUUUCAUGCCAACUACCGGACAAAGUAACAUACCAGACAAAACAUGUUUUGCCCUUUUUUCUUUCUUUCUUUCUGUGGUCACUGUUGUUGUCCUACAGAGAAACAUAUUUUGUUAAAAAAAAGUAUAUCUUGGCUAGAUACAGAUGAGCCAAUAUAACAUGCAAUUUUUUUAAAAAAAAUGUGAUGCAAGUUGGACAUGGCUUUAAGCGUCAAAACAACAGUAAACAGAAACCAACCCUUGGGCAGAUUUAUAGUGCUUUUGGACACUCUUGCUUUAUAAGUUGAAAGAAGAACGUGGACUCGUGAUGAGGUUUACACAAUAGACUAGAGGACAUUUUUAAAAGAAAAUCUUGCAGUUUAUUAAGUAAUGGGCAUAACAUUCAAAAUAAAGCAAAACUAAGCAGGAUUUUGGCACAGUUCCCAUCACAUGGCUGGUCAUAUUGCAUAGCUGAAUAGGACUUCUGGAUUGUGGAUAAAAGACUUUAAAAGUCUAUUUGAAUUAAAAUUGCUUAUUGAAAAUGGUGCCUUGAACUUGCAUUUCCAUUCAAGAGCUAGGUAGCAGGGUAACAUAAAUCUCUCUGUGUGUGUUUGCUGAAGUCAUUAUUAUUAUCAGAAUUCAUUACCCUCCCUUCACCCAAAGAUCCCAGAGUGGGAACAAUUUAGAAACAUAUAAUUAAAAACAGUUCAAAACAAUCCAAACAACAUCACAGAAAAAAGGGUGAAUUCUAAAAAUAUACAUCUCAGGUGUCAAAGGCCAUGGUAAAGAGGUACGUCUUCAGCAUUUGCCAAAAGUUGCCAGACGCAUCUUGUUUGGGAGGGAGUUCCACAGCUUAGGGGCUGGUUAUACCAUAGGCUAGCAAUACCAUAGGCUAUUUUGGAAUGCAGUGGUGCAGUCCUGCUUUCUCCCUUCCUACCAUAAACACUGCAGUGCAUCCUUGUAUCUUUACUGAUGUCAGUCACAUUAUGAUAUCUCUCAUUAAUCCAGAGGUGGGUCUGCUUUAUUGCCAUAUCAUGGACAUCCUGUAUUAUAAUGUCAAUGGCAAAGGCAUUCCAGGGUAAGUCACAGAUACAGAGGUUGAACACUUGGUGAUGUACCAGUCAGGUAUCACCACAAACUUUAAAGAGUACGGAAACAUGAAAAGCAGUAAUUUUGCAUUUAUUACCAAGUUCCAUGGGAAUAAAGCCACAACAGGUUAUUGAGGAAGGAUCCAUUUGCUUCAUUCAGUACUUCUUUGCAACCUCCAAAGAAAUAAACAGAAGUUUCUUAGAUACAAUGCUAAGUCUAUUAACAUUCUCCUUACCCAUUGGGUUAUAGUUUCAUAUAAUAUAUGUAGUGUAUAGGCUACAUGUUACAAAAAUAAUUUUUGCUAUAUGAAGGCAAGCUGUCCUGUAUCUGCUUUUGAACAUUUUGCAAGCAAUUGUUUGCUAAUAAUAAAGCUUUAAAAAGGUAAAGGUGUCCCCGCACUUAUAGUGCGAGUCGUUUCCGACUCUUAGGGUGACGUCUUGCGACUUUUACUAGGCAGACUAUAUAUAUGGGGUAGGAUUGCCAGUUCCUUCCCCGGCCUUUCUUUACCCCCCGACCACGUUACCGCCGCUUACCACUCUGUGCCACGGAGGAUCUUACAUAAUAAAGCUUAACUAGGUCUAUAUUUCUGAGGCAAGGGGGGCAUUUUAGAAGCAGUUGUAUAGAUCUCUCUUUAAAAAAUAAGUGGAUGCAUUAAGGUAGCAUAAAUAAUUUUGAAAGCUUCCACAUACUAAAUUAUUUAUUUUGGUUUUGCAAUAGUUUUACAGAAUUAUUGUUUGUAAUGUUGAUGGAAGCCUUUGGGGUGGACGGGGAGGGGGUUCUAAAGUAACAUCAGGUUCACCUUGGACAAGUGAAUUGCCUUGUGUGAGUAAUUUGUUCUCCGUUUCUCUGGAAGACAGCCAUAGUUGCAUAUGAGGAAAUUCUGUCUUUCCUCAGUUAUCUGAAUGUUUCACUACAGUGCUUUCCUGCCAUUGUACCAAAAGUCCUCACAAGGCAUUGUCUGUAGGGUGAACAAGUGUAAUGCAUUUUCCAUCAACGUUAUGCUGCACUAAAGUAUAAGCAACGUAUUGUAACUCAAAGAUCAUAUUAGGAGUUUUUUGCCUGCAGAUUGUAGGAUGAGUUCCUAUAAACUUUUGCACCAAAUGGAUAAUAUAGAGAAAAUAAAGCCAUCCAUUUUAAUGUCUAAACAGUCAGAGGGUAUUUGCAGAGACAACAGAUGUUAGGAAGAGUGUUUCGUCAUUGUUAAAUGCAUUUUGGAAGUAUAGAAUGCCAAAGGAGAAACUGCAUGGGAAGAUAAUUUGUCAUUAAAUGAACAUAUUUUAGUUACAAACUAUCUUCUCCCCCUUUUGCUUCUCUUCUGUUUUUAUCUGUGAGACUGAACAAAAUUUAAGGUUACCAAAAUUUCAUUGGCUGAGUUGAAAGUGUCUGUUAGAUGUUAGCGGUAGAAAGGAUGUGGAAUAGUUACGGUUUUUUGCACUCAAUUAAUACUGCCUGUGGGCACAAUCCAGCCAAAGUGAAGCACUUUUCUCUUUAUUAGAUAGUCGUUUCAUGUAAUAUUAUGUCAAAUAAACUACAAAAACCCAAUGAUUUCAGAGAGAGAGCGUUAAGUGCAUGCUUAGCCCAUCAAUCAGAAUCAGCGGUGCUUGAUGCUUACUCUUGGCUUGAUUGUGUCCCAUGUACAUAUGUGUCUUUUCUAUCUUGAAAUACACCAUGUUCUAAAAUAUAGAAUAUUUUCAAGGAUAGCACUAGGUUAGUAUAUUUUUAAAAUGCUGCUUCUUGAUGAUAUAUCUCAAGUUCUUGAAAUUAGCUAGCACAAUGUAUGUUUUCUAAAAAUAUAUAUAUAUUGUACUAUAAGAUCUUUUUAAAGAAGAAAAUGUCUACUAUGCAUUUUAACUGCCACAAAUAAUGCAACACGUCCAUACUGGUAUUUAUAAAUAGCCAGUUUGCAUUUUCCAGCUGCAGCUUUAAACAAAUGCUCUUACUUGGAAUCAAGCACUGUUGAAAUCAAUGAGCUUACUGGCUGGGGCUGAUGGGAGUUGUAGUCCAAAGCACCUGGAGGGCACCAGGUUGGAGAAGGCUGCUUUAGUGGCUGUCUGGUAUGACCCAUAUUUAUCAUCCUGUAACAUUGGAUGCUCACUGACAUCUUAAAUACAACUUAAAGAACAAUUUGCUCCAAUAAAUAUUUCAGUUGAAAGGGUCUUGCUUUUUCCUCACAUGCAUACCGCUGAAUAACAAAUGCAAAUGACAGUUAUCUGCUUUGUUGAUGAAUAAAUAAUCUGUCAUAGCCAGUUAUAAGGUCUGCUUCUGUGUAAUGAAUGUAACAAUUAAACAGCAACAUCUCUAGCAUUGCACAAAGUGUCAAAUGAAGGUGCUAUACAGUUGUACAAUCUCAUAUAGGCCAAAAUGGAUUGGGUAUACUGUCACUAUGCCAAAUAUGUCUAACAAGGUUCUUGUUUGUGACUGAAAAUGUUGACAAUCCUGGCUUUCAUAGGCAAAAGUUAGUUUCUAGUCCUCAUGGAUACAGAGAUGAAUGUCUGUAAAUGUGACAAAAUGUUUAAAUGAUGAGAAAGAAGGAAACAAAUGACAGGAUGCACAAAUUCAUUUGUUCUUAAAGUCUACAUUUUCUAAGAUUUUCAAAGUGAGCUCAGGUUCUUAACAUGUGAGUGAGGAUAAAGACUAUCAGAAAAAGUACAAUUUAAAAUAAUAAGCACAAUGGGGUGUAAUCUGCACUUGUUCCUUUGUUUUCAUUUAAAUUUAGGUAUUUCUGUGUCUGGAUUCUGUCAAUUAUAUGCACCAACAGUAGAUGGCACCUUUCAUGUUCCAGAAAAUGAUAUGCAAUUUUUUAAAUAAUAUGCUAAUUAGCAAUAGCCUUCUAGCGCUUUUACUGAAGAAGUUGUUCAUUCCUAAUACAGGUUGCUAUCAAAUGUUAGAAAACAGUUUAGGUGCAGGCUACAUCAGAUUGAAUACCAUGACUAUUGAAUUUAAUAGAUUUUAUUUGCACUAUUUUGUGUGUGUUCAUCUCAGAUGACCCCAAAACUGAUCCAGCAAAGCUGGGAGACUUCAGUUAAUUACCAAACAUCUCCUGGAACUGCCGCUUGAAAAUCAAGGUUAACUCCAAUUAGUCCCAAGAUAUAAAGUGUAGCAAUCUUGCUUUUGUUCAGUAGUAAAAUACAAGACAGUUAAUCUUACUUUUGUAUAUAUAAGGGAUGUUCUCAGAAGUGGAAAUACUGUCCUAUCAUGGGGUACCAAAUAAUAACCAUUAUCAAUAAAUAAAAGCAUCAGAUUGAGAGGCCACGUGCCACUGAAUGCCAGUUGCAGGGAACAAUAUUGGGAAAGGGUUAUUUCCACCAUAUGCUGUUUGUUGGCUUCCCAGAAACAUCUGGUUGGCCACUGUGGGAAAGAGGAUGCUAGACUAGAUAGCCCUUUGAUAGGAUCUGGCUGGGUUUUUCUUAAGUGACACCAAAGAUUUUGAUUUCCCACAUCUGUAAACCAAAUGAAAGAGCUGUGCCAAUCAGAUUGUACAUUUGGUUAAAAGAUGACUAUCUUCCGUUUUCUGCUGGUUGUCAACAACAUUUGCAAGCAAGAAAUUUAAAAAACUAAGAUAUGUGUUCAGCAUAAAUUACGAAAACAUUCAGCAUGGGGAAGAAACACCCUUUGAAUCUCAUGGAAAUCAAUAACAUAUAUUUUGGGGUAUUUCCAGGUGCUCCAAGGUAAAUAUCCAGCCUAUAUUUGCAAAUAGCAAUGUACAUUAUUUACUACAAAAACACGCCUAAAGGGAAAGCAGCUUUUAAAUUGCUCUGAUAUAUAUAUUUUUAAACUAAAAUUGCUUGUUUGACAUGUUUUACCUUUUUUUAAAAAAAUAACUGAAUGGGAUGUUGUAUCUGUUAUAUUCCCCCAUGUAAUGUUUUA